UAUUCCUCAACAUCUAAAAUGAGAAAGAAAAGUGUGUGACAUUAGUAACUGAAAUUCAAACACACAAUAAGUACACAAGUAUUAGGGUGUCCGUAGUAGAAGCAGUGGACGACGAUGUUCGUGCGCCCAUUGACGGCCAAGCUGAAGCAGAAAAAGAGGAAGACACUCAGCCACGCUCCCCGCGUCACCGCUGCUUUCACGACGGCGAAUGCUCCGUCACCGCGCAUUCCCUUCCCCUCAGACAUUUCCCAAGCCAACUCCCUCAUCGCCUCGCACGUUCGCCGCGCCGACGCCGCCUCCGCCUGGACCCUCUUCCGCUCCCUCCGCCGCGCGCGUUCCGACCUCGACGCCUACACCUUCACUUCCGUCCUCCGCGCCUGUCCCCUCUUACGCGCUCCCAAACUCGGCUCACAACUCCACGCCCAAAUGCUCAAAACCGGUUCCGAUUCCGGAACCGUCGCAAAAACCUCGCUUGUUGACAUGUAUUCCAAAAACGGCUCUCUCGAUGAAGCUGUGAAGGUGUUUGACGAAAUGGGUCACCGAGACGUUGUCGCUUGGAACGCUCUGUUGUCGUGUUUCUUGCGGCGUGAUCGUCCCGUUGAGGCUGUUGGGGUUCUCAGAGCGAUGGGGAGGGAGCAUGUGGAGCUCAGCGAGUUUACUUUGUGCUCAAUGUUGAAGCUUUGCGCUUCUUUGAAGGCUUUGGAGCUUGGGCGGCAGGUUCAUGGUUUGGUGGUGUGUAUGGGGCGUGACUUGGUAGUUUUGAGCACUGCUCUUGUUGAUUUCUACUCUAGUGUUGGCUGUGUUGAUGAUGCUUUGAAAGUGUUUUAUGGUUUGAAAGGUUGGAAGGAUGAUAUGAUGCAUAACUCGAUGGUUUCUGGGUGUGUUAGGAAUAGGAGGUAUUUGGAGGCUUUUAGAGUUAUGGCCUUGGUUAGGCCCAAUGCAGUUGCACUCACCAGUGCCUUGGUUGGUUGCUCUGAGAAUUUGGAUUUGUGGUUAGGGAGGCAGAUACAUUGUGUUGCGGUUCGUUGGGGUUUUGAUUUUGACACUCAGCUUUGCAAUGUCUUGUUGGAUAUGUAUGCGAAAUGUGGGAAGGUUUCGCAUGCUCGGACGUUGUUUGAUGGGAUUUGUGACAAGGAUGUGAUUUCCUGGAGUUGUAUGAUUGAUGCAUAUGGAAGAAACGGGCAAGGGCGUGAAGCUGUUGAGCUGUUUGAGAAGAUGAGGGAGGAUGGAGGUAGGGUGUUGCCGAAUUUGGUGACUUUUUUGUCGGUUUUAUCGGCUUGCAAUCACUCUGGAUUGGUGGAGGAAGGGAGAAAAUAUUUUGAAUUGUUGAGGGAGAAGUAUGGUCUUGAGCCGGAUCCAGAGCAUUAUGCUUGCUACAUUGAUAUCUUAGGCCGAGCGGGUAAUAUAGAAGAGGUGUGGUGUGUGUAUCAUAAUAUGGUUGAGCAGGGUACUAGGCCUACUUCGGGAGUAUGGGUAGCAUUGUUGAACGCUUGUAGUCUUAAUAAUGAUGUUGAAAGAGGUGAAUUGGCUGCAAAGAAUCUCUUGCAGUUGGAACCCAAUAAUGCUAGCUAUAUUGUGCUUGUGUCAAACUUUUAUGCAGCCAUUGGCAGGUGGGAUUGUGUUGAUGAACUGAGAAGCAUCAUGAGGACAAAAGGGUUGGUCAAGGAAGCUGGGAAUAGUUGGAUCAAUGUUCCGUGCUUCAAUCAACAUGCCAACUCACUAUCUGCUUGAUUGUUCAGCUAGACAACUAACAACCGAGGGCUUUACUGCUAUUAGGGUGAUUUCUGGUAUGCUUGCUAAGAUGAAAGCAUCCAAUAGCUACAUUAUCCUGGCAUUGUCACAUACAAAGGCAGUGCAUAUCGGCCCCUCAUUCUUGUAGAUCAUUGGUUAGUAUUGAGUGUUGAAACAAGUCAACCAGGGCUAUGCUGGGAAUUUACCAAGGCAAUAGGCUAUCUACCGGUUAGAAUUGGAGAAUAUUAGAUCUAAUGUCCUUAUUGGUCUUGGAAUAGGAUCCGAAUCAAAGUGGAAACUUAACUACACUGAUAUCUCUUAAUCAACUUUUGGAAUGGAGCUUGUAAGGUCUCUCCAUCUAAAGCAUUGACACCAUGUAUCUGUGACACCUUGAUUUGUGUUUGUAUAUGAUAUAUUGUUCGUAGGUAUUAUAGUUAUUGGGCAGACAGUUAGCCAAUCUCAUAUACUUCUCUAAGAGUUGAUCUCUCCUUGAUGAAUUGUUUGUCUUAGGUAUUGCAAAAGUGGCAUCCAAGUUCAAAGUAUAAUGGUAAUUUCACUGCUACAAUAUUAAAUGAAGAGCAAUGCACUACACAAUUGAAACAGGAGCCUCCUCAACUCCUUCUCUAUUAUAAACCUAAAACCUCCAAUCCAAGUGGACCUGUUGAAGUCAAGAAUUGGCUGGAAAAAUGUUUGACUUUUGACAAGUAAUUGAUUGAAUUAUUGCGUUUUCCAUUUUGGUUACUGCUCAAAAGAGGGGUCAAUCUAAAAUGAUAUAUUCUCUUCUGACUUCUGCUCUUUUGUAGUUUUUGUUUUGAAAAUCUCUGUGAUCCAGUGACCAGUGACCAUAGGGUGUCCAUGCAACACACAGGUCUAUGUCUGGGACGUGAUUAGAUCACAAGGGGAAAAAGGUUGCAAGAAAUAACAUUAUAUCACAACUAAAUUGUUCUUAGUUUGGUUAGAGAGCAGGCUCUAACUUCAGAGCUACCACUUUCAAUUUCAACAAUAACAAGUUGUUCUUCAUGCUUUGGUGGUUGGACAUGGAUUAAAAAAUGAUGGGAAUAAUGUGAUGUGAAUUGUGAAUGCUUUUUUAUAUAUUCCAUAUUUCCAAUUAUCUUCGGCCAAGGCUGAUUCGUUUCGAUAAGGCUGGAUUGGAUUCGACUAUUACCUACCCAAAUCAGAAUGGAAUGUUGUUUACUUGUGUUUUUAUUAUAUUAGAUUAGAUUCUCUCCUUA